AUGUCUGGUGCGAACAGUGACCUUCUUCAUAGAUCAACCUUGAGUGUUUAUAAUAACCUCAUGGAUCAGUUUAAUCCUGGCUUGCAAAAGCUGGUUACUUUAGGAAACAGCUACAUCAAGGCUUUUCAAGCUUUGGCUCUGACAAGCGAGGCCUACUUCAGCGCUCUUGCUAAGAUGGGCGAGCAAGCUCUCAACACGUUAUCAUCCAGAUCACUUGGUGACGUGUUGAUUCAGAUAUCAGAAACCCAGCGGAAGCUCACUGCUGAAGUGGAGGGUGUGUUCCAAUGGUUUCACAUAGAGGUUCUGCAUGCCAUGGACAAGAAUGUGAAGCUGGACGAGGAAUACAUCGAAGGCAGCCGUAGAGUUUAUGAAUUGGAAGUGAGAAAUCAGGCUGCAGCAUUGGAGCGACAGCUGAGACGUGGUGUGUUCAGAGACUCACUGGAGGGCAGUGAGUACAUGCAGUACCUGAGGCAGAGCCAGCAUGAAAUUCUCAAAGAGGAAGAAAGGAGAUAUCGUUUCCUUGCUGAAAAACAUUGUGGACUUACACAGUCACUACUAUACCUUAUCAACAAGACGGGAGUAUCUCUCCAACAGAGAGCAGAUGGUUGGAAAGAAAAAGUCAGUGAGAGCAGAAGUUCCAGACCUCGAACACCCACUCCAUCAGAUCAAGAAGCUCAGUUAAAGAGCUCUCUGGGUUCUCUGCUGCAGACUGGAGACCGAGAAAUGGACCGUGAGCCGCUGGGCAGAGUGCCCUCUAGAGCUCCAUCUCCUCUCCCUAGCCGUUCCCGCUCCAGCUCUGUGGGCGAGUCUUUGGGUCUAGGUGGCGGGCGCUCAAUGAGGACCAUUGUCUCCCAUCCCGCUUCAUCCAAUCCAGUCCUGCUGCCAUUUGCCCGUGGUGACAUGGUGACUGUGCUUAUACCAGAACCACGCAAUGGUUGGCUGUACGGACGCCAUGACUCAAGCCUCCGUCAAGGCUGGUUUCCUGCUGCCUAUGUGGGAUCUACUGAAGACUUUCUACCUUUGGGCUCAAGCACAUCGCACCGAAGCCACAGCAUGAACAACCUCCUGGAGCCAACCAACCAAUCAGAAUAUUCAGACACUCAGGGCUACAGUGACAUCCCGUCUCCAGUGGUACCUAUGCGUCGUGCGUCGGCUGAUCUUCGUCCAGUUUCUCCCCUCCCUGAAAAGAAGGCAGAGUCUAACAACGAGGUCAAAACCAGUCAGAAAACCUACAAUGAGAUCCCCCUUCCAGCCGCACCGCUCCGCCGUGGAUCAGCUGAUAUUCGACCAAUAUCUCCCCUCCCUGACAGGAGGGCGGAGUCUCAUUUUGAGAGCAAAGUAGAGCAUAAAAAUUAUAAUGAACUCCCGCCUCCGGCUCCGCCCCUUCCAAACUCUCCUCUCCCUGAGCGAAAGACCGAAUCAACCUCUGAGUGUUUGCAGAGGCCAACCACUCAUGGACAACCACCAGAGCACCCGCUUUUUCCCAGAGGAUCAAAUCCUUUUGCCACAGUGAAGCUCCGUCCCACAGUCACCAACGACAAAUCGGCACCAAGGAUCCACUGACAGUCAUUGCAAAACAUCGCCUGCACUCUGACUGGUUCAGAGUCUGCACUAAAUUUCUCAAUUUGUUGAUAAGUAUACAAUUUAAGUCAACUUUAAUAUUAGAAUGAAAAGAAACUUAAUUUAAUGGCACUUUGUAAACUAACUUAUUGUUUAAUUUGAAUGGCUAUUUCCAGCUGUAUAGCAUCAUUCAGAGCAUUAUUUACAUUUUCUUUCAGCUAAGUCGGGUGACCUAAAUCUUUUAAAGGGGUUAUUUUAUGAUAAAAGGAAUGAGGCAUACUAUAAAAACGUUGUCCAAAAAGGACAAAUUUCCAUAUUCCAAAGUUUCCAUAUUUACACAUGAACAGAAGGGAGAGGGUUUAAAUGGUCAUAAAUAUUAAUUGGACUGAAAUAAUCAACAUAAUUGCUAAGUUGAAAAACGUUUUGACUCUUUUAAAUUCAUAAUAUUUCAGAUUGUGUUGUUUUAUGGUGUUUUAAGUCUGAUUACUAUAUUUGUUUUAAUGUGUGCAUAUGUGUCUGAAUGUUGUGUAUUUGAUAUAUAUAAAAUGUAUAUGUUUUUGUGAGCGUUUUUUAAUAGGUUUAGCACAAAUUUUACAAAAGUUUUUUUUUGUGUUCAAGAACUAUUAUUUAUUACAAAGGAACAAAUCAUGUAUAUUUAUUGUGUGAUUGUCUAGUUGAAUGUUAUUAUUUACAGAAUUUUUUUUAGGGCUGUCAGUUCAAUGAAUUAAUUUACUGGGACUAACUGAAAAGAAAAAUAUGCACAAAAACACAGUUAAGCAUGAUGUUUCAUUUGUGCAUUUAAUUUGUGUACUGUACAUUUCCUAAUGCAUUGGUGCACUCAUUUAUGAUCUAUUUUAUUAAUUUGUCAUGUCAUUUAAUUAAUUUAACUGGCAGCCCAAGCUGGAAAAGUAAACCCCAAUUUUAGCUAAUAAUAGUCCUUUAAUUAUUCUUCAC